AUGUCGCAAUGCCAAACAGACGUUAUAUUGAUGCCUCCUGAAGUCACAGAAGAUGAAAACGGUGGCGAUCUUAUUAUUAAAAGCUCCCCAAACGCCAAAGUCAUAGAAGUGAGCCUUCUUAAGUUAUUUUGCUUCUUCUGAGUACAAUGGAAAAAAUUUUGUUUGAUUAAUCUUGAAGACGUAUCAGGAAGAAAACAGAAGACAAUUUUUCAGCUCUCGAGUGAAUUUUCUAAACCAAAAAAUCUAAAUUUUAUCUCCUUUAUGUAAAUAUUUUCGGUUAAAAAAAUGGAAAUUAUGGAUUAAUUUUUAUUUUUUAUAAGAGACUUACAGCUCCUAUAAUCUUUGCAAGUUCUUUUUUUUUUGUUUAAGGCUUCUUUUCUGUUUGCAAAUAUCGUUUCACUGCAAUUCUGCUCCUGAGAGCUUCUGCGCGACGCGUGAUAUGCAACCGAGAUCGUGUGCAAAUCUCUUGUCGCGCCAGUCUCAGAUCGCAUGCAAGCGUCACAAAAAUUUGCAUUCUUUUCCCUGAGGCGACCGUCGAGAGACGAAAAACCAACGCACGGAGAGUCUUUAUUUCGGGAAACACGGCCGUCGGAAAACCGCGCAGCACCGCCUGCGGCUAUAUCAGACUGUUUGCUUGGGAGAGCGUUGAAUAAAAAUAGCCGCACACGCGCCGCAAAUAGAGCUUGCGGCGGCGUCCGCGGCGUGAGUUAUGUGUGCGGACGCUGCGGACGGAGUCCUGAGCUGUUCUUUCGGCGCACGCUCCCGAUGGCUCUUUUCGUGGAGCACAAAAGAGCCGCGAAAAACACUGACCGGUUGCCGUAAGGUGUAAGUACGAACCAUACUUCGUGCUAGAAGUAGACUUAUUUUUCCGAUGAUAAGAGAAAUAUGCCCUAAUUUCUAAGCUGGAAGUUGGUAUGGGUUAUGUUUUAUUCGGCAUUACCUGAAAAUUAUCUGGUCCUUUCUCAUUUUUCAGAGCUGUGUGUACAGAAAUUUUUUUCAUUCCUGAUAUUAUGAAAAAAAUGAUAUAUUGAACUUUCCUCUUAACUUUUCAAAAAAAGAAUCCCGCGAUCGAUUUUUUUUCUUAGAUUGUAAGCUCAUAAUCUUUUUUUGACUUUAUUACACAUUUUACUUUUUAAAAGUGAAAAAGCUAUAUUUUUCGAAUUCUUAGAAACAGCAUUUCCAAUAGUAUUUCUUUGUCCUUCUUUCAUGGAGCAAAUCGAAUCGAGCCGAGAAAAGAUUAUUUCCCAGUAUAUUCACCGAAAGGCAAUUGCUUUAGCAACUGCAUUAUUGUAGCACUAGUUGUGUUUUGAUUCGUACGUGAAGUUCUGUUAUAGAAACUUAAUUCCAGCGCAACAAAACGCCGAAAACGUGGCGUUUUGGUGUGCCAAAUAGGGUCACGCGCUCUCUCCCAUUUUGAUAUAACUGGGCAUCAAACAACAUUAACUUUGGCGUUUUCAUUGAUCACUAUGUUUGGUCGCGCAAAACAAAAAAGCCAAAAAAGGACAGCGACGGUUUUACCCUUGAGAAGAGUUGAGACGAACACGUUUGCUUUUUGGAGUUGUUCUCGUGGGCCUCUUACGCCAACUUCAUGACCUGACACCAAAAAGGUGUGAGUGUGUCUCCUGUGCUCCAUGUUUGUUUUUGCAACUACAAUUGUUUGCUGUUCUAUUCUCGUACGAGCGCGAAUAUUCUCGUGGUGGCGAGCCGUGACCAGUCGACCGGUUUGAGCAAGUCAAAUAGCCUGCGGGCAUGAGAGUCCGAGUGUCCGAGGUUACGGCCGUCCAGAAGCUUCCGGCGGCAAACCUCGUCUCAGGGUUCAUUUGAUGCCUCGAACGGGAGCACAAAGUUCAGAUUACUUUCAGAAACUUCAAAAAGAAAAAGUUAAUUUGCAAUGACUAGAUAAUGAUUAAUCUGAAAAGUCAAAAAAGUCCGAAAAGUGUACUCAGGCAUUGAGAAAAAAAGCUGUUCAAAACGGCAAAAAAAGAACAACGGCGAAAAAAAUUAAUGCAAUAGCAAAAAAACAUUAAAUACUGAUUUUCUUGCGACUGAAAACUUUUUUUAUAAUUUUUAGAUUUUCAUUUUCAGGUCAAAUGCGGUCCACUUCUCGCGAAAAUGCAUGUGGAACUCUUCAUUUGCCCUGGAAUCCAUCAACAGUGCAUCGAGCUCGAUGGUAAUCUUCGAAAAAAGCAACAAAACCUGAACUUGUGUUAAGGUGAUAUGAUAACUCCGAAAGAGUUCACAGUGCGAGCAAACAAAGACAAACAAAAAGAUUGGAAAGGAAGUAUACGCAUCGGAAAAUCCAAUUUGAGGUUGCCAUUCGAAAAACCUGAAUGAAAUAUAUUUGUAUAUUUAUUCAGGACUCUGAUGGAGAUGCGGUCAUUUGAUUUUUACAAUCACUCACAGUUUUGCUCUGCCAAAUGCCAGAGCCGGAACUACAUAACUCCCAAAGAGCGCGACGUGGACCGAGACAGCAGGUAUGACCUACCUGGAUGUCCAGGUUGGACAUCAACGAAACAACUGAUAAUCACCAAUAAACAAAGGUUCAAGUGGUCUAGUACGUUCCAAAAAUCAACAAAGUUCGGACAAACAGCGUCACGUUACUCAACUUGUCUUUGAAAUCCUGAGAAUAUAUUUUUGUUGCAAUUACACUACAAACAUUUGAUGCAUAAGUUUACUUUUUUACAAAAAGUCUAGAAAAAAGAAAAUACAUUCAAAGUACUUAAAAAACUAAUUUUCAGACGGGGAAGUUCUAGCAGCCUGAAAGGAUCUCAACUCCCUCAGAUGUUCCCAUCAACAAUGUUGAGUCAGUCUUCCUGUGGAAUGGGUAAUGCUUUGAGCGCUUAUCCCACUAGGAAAAAUCUAUUCAGGCUUGUUCAAAGACGCAACUUCCUUCUCACAGUUGAUGCAGCUGAGUGGAGCUUUCAACAACAACAAUAACAACAAGAACAACACGGAAGACGCUCGGAGCAGCUCUCCUUCGAAGUGCAAAGAAGAACUAGUGGAUGUGGACGACUCCAUGUCUCCGACGUCUUCGCCGAGGCCUCCCACGUUUAGUGACGUCGAGCAGCUCAGCCUCCAAAUGACCAAUGGUCUUGAAACCAAAACAAAAAAACAACAAAAUUAUAUUCUUCAGAACCUUGCUCGUUCUGGUCUGAGAUGGUGCAGGUUGGACUUGCCGACUCUGUCAUUGAUCAAAUGGUUGAUGCUCUUCAACUUCUGAGAGACAAUGUGAAAACGGGGGCCAUCAACAAUGGUUAGCUGAGAAAAGAAAAUCACGAAACAAUCAUUCUGCCCUUUCAGUUGCGCCGCUCCUUUCUCGGACCAUCGCUUCGUUAGGAAUGUGUGAUAAAGUCGUUUCGCUGGUUCGCAGAAGAAAUUCUGUGUCUAGCGCUGCGAAACACAGACUCUCAACAGGUAUCUUUACACAUCUAAUUGAGAUGAACUCAAUAUCAUUUUGCAGAUUACUCAACGGUGGAGGAUAAUUUGUUUCGAAAAAGAUCUCUAGACGCCGUUUCGUGUACUUCGACUGAAACUCCCGAAGUGAAACGGCCAUGUGUACAGUACCCUUUGCCCUUUGCCACCAACCCACUACAAGAGGUGGGUUUUUCUGAAAAUUCCAAGUGACAAGCCUAAUUGAGUUGAAGUUUAUUGAUAACAUCAUGUUUUUAGCGAACUAUCAACUUGCUUGUGUCGAAGAAAAUUUCGAGAAAAGUAUUUUCAGGCUAUGGAUCCGAAGCUUAUCGCAGCUUUGGUUCAAGCUCAGCUGCAGCAAAUGCAGUCUCAGCCGCUGGACAUAUUGAUGCAGCUCGCCAACCUCCCACAGACUCGUACAACAGUUCCUCAUUUGCCGGAAUCCCUUCUGGCAAUAAAAUGA